CCAGAUGUUUUCAGUAGGUCCAGUGAUCUGAGAUUUUUUGCCAUUCCUAUUUUUGUUUUUAAAAUCAUCCUUAAAGAUGUUAUAUUUGGCAGCCGAGAUCGUAGCUGCAUUUUCUUGGAGCGGGUAGAAGGGGCGGCUUGGCUAGCGUGUGAGGUAGGGAGGUCUGGGAGCUGCCCACACUCGAUUCGAGAACUUCUUUACUCCGUUUUUUUAAAACGUCGCCAUAAAAUAUUCGGACGGGUGUUUCACGCGCACUGCUGAGUAGGGCUGCUGCUGGCCUCACGGGACGCCGGCCUGGACGCUCAGCAAGGUGGCCCGGGAUAACGCAGCAGGGCCGUUUGGGGUCAGACACUGCCUGUGGGGGCGUUCUUAACGGUCCCAUUGGAAUUUUGCCUUCUUUAAACCUUUUGAUGCGUUUUGAGACCCUCCCCUCAAGUUCGCCCCCGUCCCCAUGAACUGCUGACAAGGCGGUCUCUAGCUUAUAGUUUAAAAUCUUUUUAAAACCAACGUUGAAGGUCUUAAAUAUCUUCUUGGGAUUUUAAGCCCCACUUGGCCCGACAGUAUCUCCUUGCCAGUGACCUUAUUAAUAUUCAGUCUUGACUUCUGGAUCAGACUCUUCUGUGUGAUUCCCGUCAAUUAGCCUCCGGCGCCUUAGAGGAAGGGCAGCACGAGGUGGGGCUGGGCGCAGCCAGGGAGAAGAAACCCAGUCGUAAAUGGCGCGAGAGGCGUAUGGCAUCUUCGUGGCAGAAUUUCACAUUUUUCACUUGAAUGACACGUGCGCGCAGUCACGGGUUAACAGAAGAGAUGAUGACGAAAAGCCACAGUCAGGUCUUCCUCCUUAUCCCCAGCACCCAGGAGCAACUUUAGACAGUGUCGGUGGACUUUCUGCUCAGAAGCAUGAGGAUUUUCCUUAGUCGUGCAGUCCCACUGGCUUCGUUCGGUGUUUGAUAGUUCCUCUGGGGUCUUCGUGGGUGGCGUUUGUGAUUUUUAAGCAGUGGACUUGCCUGGUCUCGCGCCCUCUGCCUUCCUCGGUGUCUGAAUUCUUCUGCCUCCGGCCCCAACAGCACGUCGUCAGCUCGGCUGUGACCGCAGUGGCCAGGAGGUCCAUCCCCAAGCUGUCUGCGGGUGUGGCUUCUGUUCCGCCGACCUCGAGGCCUCUCCCCCACGCCUCUCCCGGCCCAGUCCCUUUGACAUCCUGGGAGGUCUCCGCGGCCUCCUCUUCUGGCCCCUGAGCUAAGUUACUGUCGUAGCCGUCGGUUUUCACCUCUGAGCUCGAUCUCGCCCUUCCCUCCCGCACCGCGUUCUGAACUUCCAGGAGUUUUCUGAGCCGGAGGGACGUUUCGCGUAGGCUCAGCUUUUCACUGAGCCACGCGAUGACGCUGACGUGGGGUUGGCGGUUCUGAGUCUCUGGGUCUCUCCGGGGUCCCGUGCACGCAGGAGGCGGCCGAGUGGCCCGUGCGUGCCGGGCGCGGUGUUGGGACGGGCGAGGCUGCGGUCCAGUCUGGUCCCAGGCGCAGAACGUCAGGGUGGCCUGGCCUGCUGGGUGUUCUUCUCAACACCAGAACUUCUCCUGACGAGAUGUUUCUAAAACAUUCUGUGUUGCCUUCCAUCCCACACAGCGUGCCCUGUUUUGUCCCCACUGGAAAGCGUGGUGCCUUCCAGUCCGGGGUCCGUGGGUAGCGGACGCUCUGCCCUAAGCGGUCUGGAGAGCUGUUCUUUUUCAUUUUAUCGUUUUCUUUAAUAAUUUUUAUUUUUGUCUGGGGCGGGCUUCCAGGGGCAGGGAGAAGGGAGAAACACGCCUUUCCUUAGCCGGUUUUCAGAACAAGUCCCAUGAUUAGUCUUUCAGAUCCUGUACCGAGUAGCGUGUCCUUGUUAGCUUAGUUAUGUAACCACUGUUAUUAAGUUUUUAUAACCCUAGUUUCUUGGAGAAUAACCAGAGUCAAACAGUCAAAGGCCUGCGUGGGAAGGGCACAGGGGCCGUGCCUACCAGCGCCAUGCCAUCCGAAGGAGCGAGCGGGUGCUCACUGGGCGUGAGGGUCUGAUGAGUCGGGGGCACGAAAACUAACCAGCCAAAGCACGUAGCCCUGCAGACCCGGGAACUGAGGUUCCGCAGAGGUCCGGUCCCUUCUUUUCAGACGUUCCCGGGGGCUGGUGGGCUCUUGCAGACGUGGAAAGCUCGACGGUUCCUGCUCCGUGCCUCGGAGCUCGGGCCACUUUAGAGGCUUGGGCCAGUUAGGCGGGAGGACGAGGCGCUGCAUCUGGUUCCUGGAGAAAUUCGAGCGGAGCCGUUCAGACCUCGCGGUGGCUUGGCAGGUGGCCCCUUGGGUGAGGCAUGUCCUCUGUGCCUUUCCCUCCGAGAACGUUUGAAUAGCCCAAAUUCUUCAGAGCCCCUCUUCAGCCCUAGGACCCCCUAACGUAGCGUUCUUUAAGCGCUAGACUGCGAUCGCUUUCCAGAAAUGGAGGCGCUUUCCCGAGGUGGCCGGGAGGGCAGUGGGUGACAGUGGGCGGGAAGGGACGGCGCAGUGAGAACCGUGGUCCCAGGCGUGUGGCCCUCGGGCUGCACACAGUGGUCUGUGCGCCCCCGAGGCCUGUGGGGCCAGUGACCGGGCCGCCGCCGUGAAUUCGGGGAUUUCCCCGGUAAGGUCCUGGUACUUCGUCGCGUGAAGGUGUGGAUGUGGUGUUUGGGGAAGGGUCAGGUGACAGCAGCGAAGGGGCAGGGGUGCCAGGCCCCCCUGCACGGCUGGCUUCCCCUCUGCACUGAGGACCCGUGUGGCUGCUGCCGCCAGCCCUGGCCGGGAGACGCAGAGACGAGGGGCUCAGCUGCGGAGGCGGCACCCGCCGCCGUGAGUUCAGAGCCAGGCCCGGCCACCUCCCGGCUUCGUGGCCUUGGCCGAUUGACCCGGCUGCCCCGUCGUCAGGUCAGAGGGACUGAUGAUAGCACCUGGCAGGUGGUUGCCGGGAUUCGAUACGGUGUGGCACGCCAUCGCCACCCACCACAGGUCAUCCUGCGGUGUGGCUGUCGUUCACCGCAGACUGACCCCAACCCUCCCUGCCCAGUGUGCCUGGGGUCUGGUCGGAGCCCUGUGACUGUUCACCUGGCAGGGCUGAGGGGUGGGGGGGACGGUGCCUAGGGGGAGCUGGAGGAGGCAGACCCCGCCCGAGCCACUCCCCUUGCUUGACGGAUGUGAUGUCCAAAGGCAGACCCGUCCCCCGUCUGCUCAAGGCCCCGCUAGGCGUUUCUCAGAUGUUGGAGUCGGGAGUGGUGGCCUGUGGGCUCAGGCCUCAUGCUCUGACUUUCUUACGUCCGAGUCAAGGUCAACGGAACCAGGUAAACGACUGAACUUCGGGUCUUUCCUUCUGAAUAAAACCGAGAAUCUUUUGGAAGCUGAAACGGCAUCGUCUCCCGAUUCAUCAAAUUAAAUCUCGGAAAGCACAGAAUCUCCACGCGUUCACGCCCGAGCAUCAGCCUUGGGAACCACAUCAACAAGACUUUAAAAGCAGAAUAAAAACAGCCGCGCGAUCUGACCAACAGAUGAUGAGGCCCACAUGUCCGCGUUCAUUCUUGUGUCCUCGGCUCCUGGCUCCGCGGGCGUGGAGGACACCGAGUGAUUGAGGAUGGCUCGUCCGUUCUCUGUCUCUGGUCCCGGGAGGCCCCCACCGAGAGAACCCAGACAGCACGCGCGCGUGUGACCAGCCGGGCAGGAAAGGCUCGGCUGAGGUGUUCAUUAGGUAAUGCUUGAUUCAGAUAUUCACAUUAGGAAAAUGUAUAACCUCGCUCAUAGCUUUUGUUUGUGCCAAAGAAGUCAUGAGUUUGAUUGAAAUGGUCAUAAAAUCUUAAUGUUUCUGUAAACAUGCUGGCCAUAUUGUUCUGCGGCGUUUUAAACCUGAGGAAUUCUAAUAGGUUGUAGAAGACGGUGAAAAUAGGCUUCUUUUUUUUUCAAGAUAAAAAGGCAUAAAAACAGAGCUCUGGUGUUGAAAGCAUUCGUUAGUACUUUAUACAAGAUUUUAUAUCAUUUUGAUUUCUUUUGAGUUUCAAGUGGAAAAGAAAAACAAUUCUCGACUGAUUGAAAUUCCGUCGUAAAGUUCUUUUGCAAAUCACCUUGGCUUGAUGGGAGCUCACAAACCACGGUAAAUUGUCCAGAAGGAGUCAGAUGGACCAGAAAUAAUAAUGCAGGGACUUUGCGGGACCGAGGAAAGGGACUUGUAAGUUCAACAUGGCGAAGCAUCCACUGGCGUCUUUGGAAGGGCUUCAGGGGCCAGUGGGCUGAGGAGGAGGAGAGGACCCAGCCAGGGAAGCCGAGCUGGGGACACAGUGACCGCUGGCAUGGCGAUGACAGCUGGGACAGGAGGGGCCCAGGCGAGCAGCCAGGAAGGGGACACACGGAGCCAUGGCUGAGCCCCACCUGGACAAGGGGACGCCUCUCUGAAGCUCAGAAUGAAGGAAGGAGAGCCAGAUUCCGCAGCCGGUUUCUGGGUGCUGCCUGGGUUAGGGGUGCCCCGGAGCGCGCCUGCCCCUCGCACACGGCCUCCGCUUCCGGUGGCCUGGCCAUUUCCGGAAUUCCCGUGGGGCGGACGGGGAGGGAGCUCGCCACCUCCAGGCCCCUCCGUGUGUGGGGUGCACGCGGCCAUGUGGUGUUAGUCUGGGGCGUCCACAGCUUCGCGGCAGAGCAGAAGCCGGGGUCUGCUUCCGUCCCGCGAAAGCUCACCGGCCCGUGACGCCCCGCCAGGGACGAGCCAGGCGCACGACAGGCUGCGCGUGGGACACAGAGGUCGAGGGCGCGGGCUGACACGUGGGCUUGCGGGGCGAAGAGCUUUGCGAGUGCCUUUCCCGGGGAGACGUGUCAUCACGGGCUCGCGUUGUCUGUGAAAGAAACGAAAUCUGGUUGUCAGGCUCCCAGGCCCGGGUCGUAAAGACGUCGUGGCAGGUCCCAGUGAAGUGCGUUCGGUGGAGUGUGGCCAGCGGGUAUUUCUGAAUUAUUCAUGGCAUGGCGCUCGGUGCUCUUAGUGGCCGCAGGAAGGCUUCCUGUUUACGAUAAGUCAGGCUGUGUGGCAUUUGCUUUGUGAUGUUUAGAGGCUACAUAGUAUUUUAAUGAAAGUGUAAUGUUGAAGUUAGCUCCGGGCCUGAUUUCAGAAUGACUGGAAAUGGAAGGUGGGGGAAGGGCGGGUUGUGACCGCUGAGUCACGCAGGGGCCGGCUGCUAUUUGUAGGUCGCGGAGACGGAUCUGGCCCGGCCAGUGCCGUCCCCAAACCCCUCUUUGCCAGGCCGGGGGUGACCACUUAGAAGGCAGACGACCUCUCUGACAGCCGCCCUUGAGUGUUCAAAUACAGAAAUUGGAAUUCCGGUGCGGUUUGGUUCCAACGCGAGGUACCUCCAUGAGAAACACGUCGCAUACGUUUGCAGGGGCCGCCCCGGCCUCCUCCUGUGGGGUUCCCAGGGGACUCCCUGCAGCUCCAGAAGGGAAGAGGCGUGAUGGCAGAGUCGGGUCCUCCCGAGGAGCCGUUCUCCUCUGUUUUGCUUAAAAAGAAAAGAAUCCUAGGUGGAGAGAGGCCAGGUGGAGAGGGGAUGGCAAAGGUAACAAGGUGUUAGUGGCGGGGAAGUCAGAGCGAUGUUUAGAUGACACAGAGUUGCCACCUCCUCCCAGAGAUACGGGUCGGGUCGGUCGUGAGCCGCGUGUUCUGCUACAUUUGUGAAAGAUCACAAUGUUAGCUGCAUGUCUGUCUUUGUCAUCUUUUUACCUUAUGUGACUGGUAAAUUGUAAUUAAGGUGUUUAGAUUUUGAAGAGAUUACAGUUAAAAAAAAAUUUCACCGUUUAUCACUAGUUUGUUUGCUACUCAUUGUUUUCACUGUCACAGUAAAAUCUCACUUUGCAUUCAGGAGAGCCGGGAUUUCUGCUUCGUGCUCCCUGGUAGGGGAGGGAUUGGUACAAGUCGGACCCAGCGGGCUCGUCACUUCUUACCUUCCUUUCACGGGGAUAAAGUGGCCAUCAUGUCACGUUUGCCGUUUGAGCCAUUUCGAGCGUGCGGUUCCGCGGCCCUAGGUAGGCUGACGUGACUGUGCGGCCGUCACCUGCAUCCAUCUGCGGGACUGUGCGUCACCCCCACGUUCCCCUGUCCCCACUGAGUGGAACGUCCACUUUGAAGGCACGGCUCACCCCUGCCGUGCUCGGGUUGGCGCUGUGGAUUUCGAAUCGCCGUACCUGUGAGUUAAAGGGGGUGAUGACCACCAUGGCCGGGCAGCUGCCCACCCACUGGCCUGUACCCAGGAGCAGGGUCGGCCGCACGCCCCUAACUCACUAGAAGCAGGCGGGGCGUCCGGCGGUGCUGAGCUCGGCUGCAGCGGCCCGACUGAGAGAUGCUUCUGUGAGCUCGUGGCGAUUCACACAGUUCACGGUUCUUCCCCUGGUUCAGUUUGUACCCUGGAGCUGUAACGUGCUCAGAGCAGCUGUCUGCACGAUGAUGACAAGCCUGAGGACGGUCAGUAACCCGCCCAGGGCUUAGGUUCCUUAUCUAGAAAGCAAAGUCGCCCAUCCCCGUGAGCCCUACGGGCCUCUCCGGCCUGCCCCGUGGUUUGAGAUACGUCUCUGAUGGAUGCCGUGAACUUCUAGGCUUUUAAGAAGGACGCAGGGGGAACUGAGAGGGUCUGGCAGCAGAGAGGAGACGAGGGAACACAAGGACGAAGGACACAAGACAGGAGCAAAGGGAGAGUAGACCCCAGAGAAAGGGCCGAAGCUGCCACCACAGACGGACAGGGGCCUCUGCCCGACGGGAGCGUUAAGUACCUGACAGGCUUCCCUGUCGCGUGCACAAAACCACGUUUAACAGAAUAGACAGUGGACUCAGGCAGCAGCCCAGCCCGAGCUGACGGAGCCGUCCAGCCUCCUGGUUUGAGAUGGCAUGUCAUCUUAUGUCCAGGCCCAGGGGGCAAGACUUGCACCCCUUCAUGGCCGAGGAAAGGGGGCUGCAGGAGACCGCGGCGGGGUGCAGGGCCUCCGACGGUGGCACCGGUUCCCAGGCCCCCUCGUCCCCUCGGCUUCACUGUCCUCGGUAAUGAUUCUUGAGGCGGUGCUCACGUGCGGUGACAGAGCCGCCCUCCCCCAGGCUCAGGAGGAGCGGGUGCGGACGCCCGGCCCAGCCAUGCUCACACCUGAAGUGAUCCCUGGGGCCGAGCCGAGCAUGUGUCCACACCUGCAGCUCCAGGGCGGGCAGGGGGAGAGAUGCUCUGGAAAGAUACAGCGGGUCAGAAAUGCCCUCUGUCCCCCGCGUGAGACCAAGGAUGCCAGUGGGGUUUUCGUGCAGGAGCUAAAGGAAUUGGCGAGGUUUCGUUCCCCGAUCAUUAGUCACCGGCACAUGACGGCCAUGCAGGGCCAACUCAGCGACUGCCUGGUAGUGUCUUGUGUGUUGCAGCCGUUGUAAGAACACAACCUACAAUGGGGUAAAAUAACUAGAACCCGGACUCCCGAACUUCUGGUUCUAAGAAGUAACUGUCAGCCUUGGCCAUCCAGUGGGGGAUUAUGUUUUUAAGGUUUUUGCCCGUGACGGAAAUUUCAUAAUCUCAUAAACUUACCUGUGAAGUGGGGAGAACUUUUACUUUGGUUAGGGGUCUUUAAUCCGCCUUUGGUGUUGACGUGAGCGACAUUUAUUCAGUGGCUUUUGCCAGAUGCUAGAUUUUUCACAGAAACCCGCUCAUAAAAUCCUCUCGAAAAUGCUAGGGGAGGUGGAGUCUAAGUGUCUCGUAGGGGUUUGUGCAGCCGUGGUGGGCAGGCUACGUUUUCCGGCUUUUCCUGCAUGUUAAUUAGAGAACGCCAAAGAAAGUUUCCUUUAUCGUGAGAACAAUUUCUUGCACGGUUAUACUCACACUAGUUCAAGCACAUUAUUCUAUUUCAAUCGUCACGCAUCUAGAGAGAGUCGGUUUUAUAUCGUUUAGGACUAUCCCUAUUUCCUCUGAAAAAAUGACUUUCUUAAAAAUUAAAAAUUAAGCCAUGCCGGGUCUUGUUUACUUUCGCUUUGACGCAGAGGAAGAAUGUUGUAGGUGUAAGGAACAGCCUUGAGUGACACACAGAACUAAGUUGCUUCGAAGGUGGGCUAAGACCUGACCCAGAAAGCCCUCCCCCGCGCCAGCGUUUGGGAGGAAAUUCAAACAUCUGGCCUAGAACGAAGCGCCAUACGUGACAGAGGGUGCCGGUUUGCAAAAAUGAGAUAAGGUGUGUCUCGAUACAUUUUGACAUAAGUUUAAGAAAGGCUACAUUUACUGGCGUGCGCGUCCCCACUCCAAGCUCCCCUCCCCCGCCCGUUACAGCGUCCCAGGAUGCCCGUGUGGUUCUGUGCGUUAUGUUACUGUCACAGCAGCCUACUGGAGGAAGGGACACGUUGUCUCUGUGUACAGGUUUCAGGUUGGAUCUGCCCAUCUCCAUGGGAGCAGGGCCGUUGGGUCCCUCCUUGAGCCCUUGCCACUAGCUGUCCUCCUGUCUCUCGGUCUGGCCCCAUAUUCCGGCCGCCUCCUUCCAGCUGCUCCCUCUGUGCCCCGGUGGGAGGUGGGUGAGGAGCACCCGGGGGCUGGUCUGUGUGGCAUAGACAUCAGGCUCUUUCAGGAAGAUCUUUCUUACAAUGAACCCCGAGGGUUUGACUUUCCUGUGCUGUCCUAGGAUGUCUCACAGUCACCUGACAGUCCCUGUUUUCCCAAAUUGAACUGACUUCCCAAUAAAGCAAACACAAUUCCAAACACCCAUUUAUCUCCUUCCCAACUUCCCUAUUUGUGCCAGCUUUCCCAGCCUUUAUCCAUACAAUGGCCUUGGCAUCUCUCUGUCCCUACCCGCGCUGGCUGCGUCCACAUGUCCACAUCCGGUCCGAGCGGGUCAGAGCACUUCCGACCUAAUCAUCGGCUUCCUGCCUGGUGCCACGGCGCGUCCCAGUCUGCAUCGCCUUGGCAUCUUGCUGACAUUCCUUUGACAGCCCUCUGCUCCCCAGGGGAAAAGCCUGGCCCAAGCCCAGCCAGGUCCAGUCCCCGUUCCCCGCUCUGCGACGCUUCAAGCUCUCCUCCUGCGUGUCCUGACAUCUCCAUCAUUCCUUUCACUGUACUCAGAUAAACUUACUGACUAUUAUAUUCGUUUCGCCUAAACUCGUACUUGGUUUUAGUGUCGUUUCUCGGUGGGCAUCUCCUUCUUUAUCUCCCCGAAGACUCGUGGCGUAUCCCCGGUAGGCUGAACGUUCCCCGGAGUGAAGGAGGCGCUUUUAAUGUUGCCUUUGGCGCAGGUUACGUUGGAGCCAGUGUUGAGCGAACACCUGGAUCGUGCUCAAGCUCUUAAAACUUCCAGAGGCGAUCGGGGUCUCGUGUGUAGACGUCCUGUUCGGCCACGUUCCGUCGGUCAGAAACAAAAAAAAGAAAAAAGAAAAGAAACAAACAGCUGACGUCGUUAGCAUUGAACACUUCCGAUUCGCUCAGACGGUGUAAUUCAGCGGGGACUUCAACACGGGUUCCCUUCGCUCCCGCCGUCGGAAUUGACGACCGGGAGAAAUCUGUUUGUGGAACAGCAGUAUCGUGUUCAAAAACGUCUCGGCCUACCCACGAGCAUUUAAAAAGAGAAACGGGGAAGCAAGCGCCUUGCGGCGACGGCUGCUUUUCGCAAGCUCCCUGGUGUUGGAAGUGGGAGGCGCCCCCGCUGGGGACCCUCUCGCUGCGAGGCCGUGCACGCGUGGAUUAGGGCUGCCCUGCACCCGCGGGCCUCAUCCUUCCGUCGACCUUCGUGGUUACCGCGUGUGUUUAUCUCCGUCUCACGGCUACAGCUAUUUCCGCCGGGAAUUCUAGAUCCGAAAUAUUUAAGAUACUCCUCGACUUCAAAGUCAGGGGCACCGCGCCAAGCGUGCGGCUUCUGAAGAUAGAACGCCCUUGGCAGGGCACAGAGUCAAGGCCCGCUCGCUUAAACAGGAUGCAGUGCGUCCUGGAGGCCCAGCGUGUUCACGUCUGCAGUCGGAAAACAGAGCCUGGCCUGGAAGCGAACGCAGCAGGUUUGACCUCGUGCGCGGAGGGAACGUUCCCACGGGACCGUCCCGCUUCAGCUCCGGCUCUGGCCGCAGUGCUGCGGGCGUGUCCUUGGCUCCGGGGGCUCCUGGGGACACGUCCUCCAUGCCGAGUGGGAGCUGACACCUAAAAUGUUCACGGUCCCCCUGAGCUCAGCCUGGCUCGUGGCCGCAGGAAGAUGGUGCGUGUUUGGAUAGCUUGGGAGCAAAAAUCGUAGGUUUCCCUGGCAAAAUUGGGAGACUUUUUAUUCUUUGGGCUGUGUUUUAAGUAACUCUUACCUAGUGGCCAAGCACGUUCGUGCUCACUCAGCAUUAUUGCCGUUCUCGAUGGCUGGCUCGGUGUUUGGCAGUUUGCAGACAAGGUUCUGCUCCUCGUAGACCCCCCCAAAGAUUUAGACUGGAGUGGGCUUAAUACCAACUGGAACGAUAGCACGACGUGAAAUGUGGUUAGAAUUUCUUCAAAAACGACCUUUGGCUAGAAUCUCGUCCCAUUCAGAACGAGAAAUGCCUCCCGUGUGCCAGUCUCUGACCCCAGAGGGGUUUACAAUUUCACCUGCCCUUGCGGAGCCGAAAAUGUGACAGUAUGUAGGUCACGCCACCCGCACUGCCAUAGUGGUAAGUGCCUGAGUGAACGACCGAGGGAAGAAAAUUCACGCGCACCCCAGGAUUUUCCGUGGGUGGGUGAGGAGGGAGACGCGUGUCACGUUCUGUGUCCCGAGCCGUGAGGACUCUAACUGCGGCAUGGAGGCUUCACUUGGAGAGAAAAGGUGGGGCCGGGUGGAGGGUAAGCUGGGGGUGUGGACGUCCAUCCCACGGAUAGUGGUUGGCCGAACCCCGUGGGAAUGCACGAGAUGGACUGCAGUGGGGAGCAACGUGAGUGGGAACCGGGCAGAGGCAGGUCUGGGAGAGCAGAGGGCAGGCCGGACGUGGUGGCCGGUUGGGAGGAAGGGAGAAGCCAGGAUGGAAGCGGGAAGCGCGUGCGGUCAGCGUGAGUCAGGGAGAGGCCGUGGACAGAAAGCAGGUCAGCAGUCAGCAACUGGACAGCGGCCCCCUCACCAACCACAGAACGCCACACGGACCAGAAGGACAGGGCCGAGCAGGCAGGGGAUGCACGUCGGGGUUCUGCAGCCGUGUGGACACGUUCCACAGGCUGUCUCGUACGGAUUUCUAGUUGUGUGUCUACAAGGCCUUACGUCCGUGGCGAAUGUGCCUGGCUGUGUGUGGCCUGUGUCUCACAUGGCCAAGGCCCGAUUAAAAAGUCGGGGGGUGGGGGGUUGGGAGACCACCGAUGGGCUGAAGACUUGGAAGGGUGUCUCCCCAGGAAGAGGCUAAGGGAGAUAGAAUCGUCUUCAAAUUAAUCAUCUCCCAGUAGCUCUGUACUAAACGUUAAUCAUCAACUUUUAUGGGUUAUUACAGCCUCGCUCGAAGGGUUCUUAGUAACAGUAGUACAGUUCGCCGAGCACGCUUUUUUUAAAAUUUCAGAAAUGUAUUUAGGAUUAUCAGAGAAACUAUGAAGAGGCAAGAAGAAGAAAGGAAACGACUCUGUAAAUACUGAAAUGAAGUUUACGGUACGGCGUGAGCCCCGAGAACAUCAUCCUGUACGGCCAGAGCAUCGGGACCGUCCCCACCGUGGACCUGGCCUCGCGGUACGAGUGCGCCGCGGUGAUUCUGCACUCGCCCCUCACGUCCGGCCUGCGCGUGGCUUUUCCCGACACCAGGAAGACCUACUGCUUCGACGCCUUCCCCAGGGACCUCAUCUCCAGUUUAUUUUCAAUUUCGAGAACUUGAUGGAACCCACGAAAGUGCUGAAGUUGAUCAAUACGCCAAAAGAAAAAAGAAAAAAGAAAAAAAGAAAAAACCUAAUUCAAGAAUAAAUAGAAGAAUUUUUGUGUGAGAUGACUCAGUCGCCUAUUUUUCCUACCCGUACCACUUGGAGGCACGAUAAACAAAUCAGAAGUAAUCUUAGCUCCCUCCAUCUGAAAGCAGCGGAGCCACAGGUGCUAGAGUCCUCUUUCACCCGCUGGCAGUGUGACCGGAGAAGGAGAACAUGGGCCCUGGCUGACCUCCAAGUCCUGGCUGUCUCCUCUGGACUCUCACGCAGCUUCCGGUUUCUGGUGACAAGCCCUGGACCGGGCUACCUGAAGGAAGAGCGAAACCCGGGCACCUGGUGUGUGACGGCAGCCGAGAGAGGCAGACACACGAGGGCAGGCAGCAUCCCUUGUUCCCGCUUUGCGCCUGCCCCCCUGUCCCUGUGAGGCCUGGCAGACACAGGACCGAGCAGCAGCUGGCGCCGAGCUUCUGGAAGUUGUCUGCUUGUGGAGACUCACUCAGGAGACCGAGGUGCUGCCUUCCGCAGAGUGUCCAUGUUCUUCCACACGGGCUCUGCGGACGGGGUCGCUGCUCCCUCUCGGGAACAGGCCGUCAGGGCCCGUCAGGACCAGCCAGGCGGUGGUCGGCCAGCCUCCGGCCAGCGGCUCCCCGUGGAGGCUUCCAGCUUCGUUAGCCGACAGCACUCAUCCCGGGCGCACCCAACAGCUGGAAACUGUUUCACGACGGCACCUUGCCAGCCCCAGAAGCCGAACCCCAACUCCAUCGCCAGAGAGCUUUCAGGGGCCAGCGGAGAAAGCUGUGCUCCCGGGCGAGGAACUCACAAGUGAAAUCUGAGAACCUUCUGGGAGUCGCUUCAACAUACGCCCACUGCCUCCGGCAAUGAGGGCUCUGCCACAGCGGUCAGGCAGGGCUGGCCGAGACACAGCCGGGGGCUCUUUAACAUCGGCAAGAAGGUUUGAGCUUGUCCCUCCAGGAGGAACGUCUUUACAUCCACCCCGGAAGUGGUUUUUGGUCUUUGAAAGGCGCUAGGAAAUAAUCAGGUGUCAGAGCUCCAGAGCCCUGCAGGCCAGCCUCCUCUGCACCCCGGAACGUGCAGGCCCACGGAGGGGACCACCGUGGUGCGGCCCACCCGGCAGUCGGGGCAGCAGGGUGCCCUCACCCAGGCCACCCCCACCCCCGCCAUUUCCACCCUUGCUGCUGGUCACAUUCCUUACGAGCGAAGGUGCCAGCUCAUGGCCCCAAAGCCCAGGCUCCCUCAGGGGAGCCCCGUGACGAUCUGGGAGCAGGGCUCGGCUUUCCCCUAAGGAACGCAGAACGCUGCUAUCCCCAGUGUCCCCUCCCUUCUGUUGCAAAGAGCAUGAAGCGGACACUCCUCUUUGGGGCCGUGGGAAAGGUGCCAUUCCCACACGCUGCGAUGCGUGACUCCAGCAGUCAGCCGAGGACGAGAAUGGGCCCGUUGUUCUCUGCAGGUCACGCCUGGCCCAGGCAGGGUGCCCGAUACGAGGGCACCACGGGCAUUGAUUCUGAGCAUGCCGUUCCCGUCCCCCCGGGCCACUCCAGCACACCUGUGCCGAGAGACCAGGCAAAGGGCCAGCGCGCUCCCUUUCGGAUCCCCCUGUGGUCCAAGUCGCACUCACACAAAGCGCUCUGCCUGGAGCGAAGGGUCAGGGAUGGUCAGGGAGCACCCAGCCAGGAUGGGAGCCGCUGGCAGGCAGGACUUCUUCAAGGUGAUACUGAUGAGCAGCUGGCUCCUCCUGUCCCGCGUCCCUGGGGCCACGUCUACAGUGGCAGCCGAGUGCCCUGACCAGAGCCCUGAGCUGCAGCCCUGGACCCCUGGCCAUGACCGGGACCACCACGUGUACAUCGGUCAGGGCAGAGCACUGCUGCUGACGUCAUCUGCCACGGUCCACUCCAUCCACAUCUCAGAGGGAGGAAAGCUCGUCAUCAAAGACCAAGAUGAGACCAUUGUUUUGCGCACCCGGCACAUCCUGAUCGACAGCGGAGGAGAGUUGCAUGCCGGGAGUGCCCUCUGCCCUUUUCAGGGCAAUUUCAGCAUCGUUUUGUAUGGGAGGGCUGACGAGGGCGCUCAGCCGGACCCAUACUUUGGCCUGAAGUACAUCGGGGUUGGCAGAGGAGGCACCUUGGAGCUGCAUGGACAGAAGAAGCUCUCUUGGACGUUUCUGAACAAGACGCUCCGCCCGGGUGGCAUGGAGGAGGGAGGCUAUUUUUUUGAAAGGAGCUGGGGCCACCGGGGCGUCAUCGUUCACGUCAUCGACCCCCAGUCAGGGACAGUCAUCCAUUCUGACAGGUUUGACACCUACAGAUAUAAGAAAGAGAGUGAACGCCUGGCCCAGUAUUUGAAUGCGGUGCCCAACGGCAGAAUCCUGUCUGUCGCCGUGAACGACGAAGGGUCCCGCAACCUGGACGACGUGGCCAGGAAGGCGAUGACCAGGCUGGGCAGCAAACACUUCCUGCGCCUUGGAUUCAGACACCCGUGGAGUUUCCUAACUGUGAAGGGAAAUCCCGCUUCUUCCGUGGAAGACCACACGGAGUACCAUGGUCACCGCGGCUCCGCCGCUGCCCGGGUGUCCAAAGUGUUCCGCUCAGAGCACGGCGAGCUCUUCAGCGUCUCCUCAUCCAGUGAGUGGGUCCAAGAUGUGGAGUGGACAGACUGGUUCCACCAUGACAAAGUGUCACACAGUAAAGGUGGGGAGAAAAUUUCAGACCUCCGGGCAGCUCACCCAGGGAAAAUCUGCAACCGUCCGCUUGAUAUACAGGCCACUACAGUGGACGGCGUUAACCUCACCACCGAGGUAGUCUACAAAAGGGGCCAGGAUUAUAGGUUCGUGUGCUACGACCAGGGCCACGCCUGCCAGAGCUACCGCGUGCGGUUCCUGUGUGGGAGGCCUGUGAGGCCCAGACUCACCGUCACCAUUGACACCAACGUCAACAGCACCAUCCUGACACUGGAAGACAAUGUGCAGUCAUGGAAGCCCGGCGACACCCUGGUCGUUGCCAGCACCGACUACUCCAUGUACCAGGCGGAGGAGUUCCAGGUGCUCCCCUGCAGAGCCUGUGCCUCCAACCAGGUCCGAGUAGCAGGGAAACCGAUGUACCUGCACAUGGGCGAGGAGGUCGACGGCGUGGACAUGCGGGCCGAGGUCGGGCUCCUCAGCCGCAAUCUUGUGGUCAUGGGGGAGAUGGAGGACGCGUGCUACCCCUACACCAAGCACGUCUGCAGCUUCUUUGACUUCGAUACGUUUGGGGGCCACAUCAAGUUUGCACUGGGGUUCACAGCGGCGCAUCUGGAGGGCGUGGAGCUGAAGCACAUGGGGCAGCAGCUGGUGGGCCAGUACCCGGUCCACUUCCACCUGGCUGGGGACGUGGAUGAGCAGGGCGGCUACGACCCACCCACGUACGUCAGGGACCUCUCCAUCCACCACACCUUCUCACGCUGCGUCACCGUCCAUGGCUCCAACGGCUUGCUGAUCAAGGAUGUCGUGGGCUAUAACUCUUUGGGCCACUGCUUCUUCACGGAGGAUGGGCCAGAGGAACGCAACACCUUUGACCACUGUCUUGGCCUCCUUGUCAAGUCUGGGACCCUCCUGCCCUCUGACCGUGACAGCAAGAUGUGCAGGACGAUCACAGAAGAUGCGUACCCGGGGUACAUCCCCAAGCCCAGGCAGGACUGCAAUGCUGUGUCCACUUUUUGGAUGGCCAACCCCAACAACAACCUCGUCAACUGUGCCGCCGCGGGGUCCGAGGAAACCGGGUUUUGGUUCAUUUUCCACCACGUGCCGACGGGCCCGUCGGUGGGGAUGUACUCCCCGGGUUACUCGGAGCACAUCCCCCUGGGGAAAUUCCACAACAACCGAGCGCAUUCCAACUACCGGGCCGGCAUGAUCAUAGACAACGGCGUCAAAACGACCGAGGCCUCUGCCAAGGACAAGCGGCCCUUCCUCUCUGUCAUCUCUGCCAGAUACAGCCCUCACCAGGAUGCCGACCCCCUGAAGCCCCGGGAGCCGGCCAUCAUCAAGCACUUCACUGCCUACAAGAACCAGGACCACGGGGCCUGGCUGCGUGGCGGGGACGUGUGGCUGGACAGCUGCCGGUUUGCUGACAAUGGCAUCGGCCUGACCCUGGCCAGUGGUGGAACCUUCCCAUAUGACGACGGCUCCAAGCAGGAAAUAAAGAACAGCCUGUUUGUUGGGGAGAGCAGGAACGUGGGGACAGAGAUGAUGGACAACAGGAUCUGGGGCCCGGGCGGCUUGGACCACAGCGGAAGGACCCUCCCCAUAGGCCAGGAUUUUCCGAUCCGCGGGAUUCAGUUCUACGAUGGGCCCAUCAACGUUCAGAACUGCACUUUCCGGAAGUUCGUGGCCCUGGAGGGCCGGCACACCAGCGCCCUGGCCUUCCGCCUGAACAACGCCUGGCAGAGCUGCCCCCAUAACAACGUUACCAGCAUCACUUUUGAGGACGUCCCGAUUACUUCCAGAGUGUUCUUUGGGGAGCCCGGGCCCUGGUUCAACCAGCUGGACAUGGAUGGGGACAAGACGUCGGUGUUCCACGACGUGGACGGCUCCGUGUCCGAGUACCCCGGCUCCUACCUCACCAAGGCUGACAACUGGCUGGUCCGGCACCCGGACUGCAUCGACGUUCCAGACUGGAGAGGCGCCAUCUGCAGCGGGCGCUACGCACAGAUGUACAUUCAGGCCUACAAGACCAGUAACCUGCGGAUGAAGAUCAUCAAGAAUGACUCUCCCAGCCACCCUCUCUCCCUGGAGGGCGCCCUGACCAGGAGCACCCACUACCAGCAGUACCAGCCGGUCGUCACGCUGCACAAGGGCUACACCAUCCACUGGGACCAGACAGCCCCCGCCGAGCUCGCCAUCUGGCUCAUCAACUUCAAUAAGGGUGACUGGAUCCGAGUGGGGCUGUGCUACCCGCGAGGCACGAGCUUCUCCAUCCUCUCGGAUGUCCACAACCGCCUGCUGAAGCAGACGUCCAAGACGGGCACGUUCGUGAGGACGCUGCAGAUGGACAAAGUAGACCAGAGCUUUCCAGGCCGGAGCCACUACUACUGGGACGAGGCCUCAGGGCUGCUGUUCCUGAAGCUGACAGCUCAGAACCCGAGAGAGAGGUUCGCCUUCUGCUCUGUGAAGGGCUGCGAGAGAAUCAGGAUCAAAGCUCUGAUCCCCAAGGAUGCGGGCGUCAGCGACUGCUCGGCCACGGCCUACCCCCGCUUCGCGGAGAGGGCCACCGUGGACGUGCCGAUGCCCAGGAAGCUGGUCGGUGCUCAGCUGAAGACACAGGACCACUUCUUGGAGGUGAAGAUGGAGAGUUUUGGGCAGCGGUUCUUCCACCUGCUGAGCGACUUUGCGUACAUCGAGGUAGACGGGAAGAAGUACCCCAGCCUGGAGGACGGCAUCCAGGUGCUGGUGAUUGACGGGAGCCGAGGGCACGUGCUGAGCCACACGGGCUUCAGGAACUCCGUCCUGCAGGGCGUCCCAUGGCAGGUCUUCAGUUACGUGGCGGACAUCCCUGACAAUUCCAUAGUUCUCAUGGCAUCGAGGGGAAGGUAUGUCUCCAGAGGCCCAUGGACUCACGUGCUGGAAAAGCUCGGGGCGGACGAGGGGCUCAGGCUGAAAGAAAAAAUGGCAUUCGUUGGCUUCAAAGGCAGCUUCCGGCCCACCUGGGUGAAUCUGAACACCGACGACCACAAGGCUAAAAUCUUCCAAGUUGUGCCUAUUCCCGUGGUGAGGAAGAGGAAGUUGUGAGGACAGCCGUCAUCCCAGUGCCGCCCACAUGGACUAUGAUGGCAGACUCUUGGCAUCAGACCAGGGUAGGGUGGCCGGUUCCCCCAGCCUGUCCGGCCGCUGCCUGGGAAGGCCGUGGUCUACAUGGGCCCAGGGAAGGGAAGGGAAGGACAUCGAGGCCCCUGGUGCCUCCACCUGCCCCACUCAAGUGUCUGCCUGCAGCCCUGGGAGGCGUUGGCCGAUGCUGGAGACCUCAUCUUCCCUGCGGCCUCUGGGUGCUUCUCUCCCAGUGGUGCCUCUUUGGGGGGGCGGGGGUGUCGGGACCAUGCCAGGAGACCUGGGCUGUGCUGGCGGGGUGUGGACUGGGGUGCCGCGUCACUCACAGCCCCCAGCACAUACAUUAGGGGGCAGACGUGGCCCUAAGGAUGUCUCUGUUCCUGUGACCGAGACCAGGGCGGGCGUGUAGCAGAGCGGGUGGGAGUGGUAUCGGUUACCCUUGGGGAAGGAGCGUGCCCCACCUUGUCCCAGGUUGAGAUCUGACUGGGUGACUUUCAAAGGCCCUUUCAGCUCAGAGAUUCCAGAAGAGUCUGUGGCUUCUCACGCUGUGUCAGGAACCCAGCAGUAGGCACACCUGUGAUGCUGGGCCCUGGGACCUACAGGGUAGCAGUGGCGGUGCCCAGCUGAAGGGCUUGCAGUCUGGUAGGACAGGUAGUCAGGUGCCUGUGCCUUCUGACGCCAGGCAGCGCAGAGAGCUGUACAGUGGGGGCCAGUGCCAGUCCAGAGGAGGGCACGGUCUUCUUACCUGCUUGGGCGACUUCCCGUAGCGGGAGGCAGCAGGGCCUGCGGGCGGCCUCCACUUGGUUCGAACCACCCGUCGGCCCGCGCACGGGCGUGCACCGCUGCAGUAAUUCCAUUGGUGCUAUCCCGGUUUGGCGGCUGUGCAGGUGCAGCCAGCACACAGCAUCGGGCGCCGGACCCUUCUCGGCGAACCACCUUAGCUGCUCGCGGGGCUCGAAGAGCUGCUGGUCCGCCUCAGGCCCCCGCAGCUGCCGCUUAGUGCCCUGCUCUCUCCCUGGCCCUCGGGAGAGGCGAGGAGAGCUCCUGCAAGAGGGGAACACCUGGGUUCUUCUCUCUCGUGCGGCACCAGGGUCACUCCGGUCUCGUGAGGAGCUGCGUCUGCCCCUUUCCUGCCCCAUCCACAGUCUCUCCUCCAAGGAGAGCUUUCUCGGCUCCCUCUGCCCACCUGCACCCACGAGACUCCAUUAUCCCUGUUGAGCCAACUGCCAGAGAGGUUUUCCCACCAAACAGGUCUUUCUGCCGCUAGGCGACAGCAGGGCUCCAUCUCUUAAAACAUGGCAGCCCCAAAGGCCUGACCCCAGCAGGGACCUCGUCCGGGCAGAGUGGCGGCGGUAGGGAGCUGAGUUAAAAUGACCUCAUGUUCCACUUGUCUAGAGUUCUGUUGAGUUUUUCAAGCUCUUCUCAUGCAAGGGUCUCACACUGUGAACCACUUGGGAUGUGAUCACUUCAGGUGGCCAGGAAUGUUGACUGUCUUUGGCUCGGUUCGUUUCAAAAAGCAUCUAUUGGAGGAUCCUCAGAGCUGCACCUACGUCUUACGUAGGACCUUCUUUCCGAAGCCCUUCACCAAGAGCUGAUGUUCAGGCACGUUCUUGGCAGCACAAAUUUUCUUACUGCUCAGAAAAUUGUCCUCGUUCUUUCUGUGUGUGAGCGUCAAAAUGAGCUAGGCUUUUAAGGAAAACAACAUGCCCCUGAAAUGCUUGUCUUUUUCCUGUUGCCGAAACAGCUGGUCCUCUUUCGGGAAUUAGAUGUAUAGUGUGUUUUGUAUGUAAACAUUUCUUGUAGGCGUCACCAUGAACAAAGAUAUAUUUUUUAUUUAUUUAUUAUAUAUGCACUUGGAGAAGUCUUGUCUGAGAAACGAAGAAUUGUCUUGAAUGUCAUCUUUGGGGAUGUCCUGCGGCCGCCUUGCACCAGAGGGCCUGGCUCUGGUGUGGAAAAUCUCGCUGUGCCAUAGUAAACACGCAAAGGGUGUCAUUCCCCUGGCUGCUUCUCUGUCUUCCUUUAAAGUGGGUCUCAUUUUAAGCCUGAGAGCUAAGGAAAAUAAGAUUGAUGAAAUGCCCUAUGGGUCUGCCUCUUUCACUCCCAAGUCCUUCCUUGUCCUGCCCCAAGGGGGCGCCCAUAAGAGGAGGUGGAGAGGUCCUGUGGGAGAAGGUGACAGGCAGGUGACUGCUGUAAACACAGCUUGGUACAUACGAAGCACGUGGUAACCACAAAGCAGACAUCUCUGAGAGCUGUGCGAGAAGUAAAGGGAAAGGGACCCAAACGCAGACGCAGAACGUCAGCAGACGAGAGGAGAGCGAGAGAGUAAGAAGGAACAGAAGCACAAAAGCUCAGAGAACAGCGAAAUGGCAGUAACUGCAGACCCAUCAGUAAUUCCUUUAAAUGCUCCAGUCAGUGUACACAGACUGAAAGUAAACGGAUGCAAAAAGGUGUUUCACGUAAACGGAAAAGGAUAAAAAGCCGGGGUAGCAAUACUUAUAUCAGACAAAACAGACUCUAAAACAAAGGCCAUAACAAGAGACAAGGGCAUUCCACAGUGAUAAAGGGAUCAGUCCAGCAAAAGGACGUAAGCCUUGUAAACACCGACACACGUAACGUAGGAGCACCUGCAUAUAUAACGCAAAUGCCGAUGGACGUAACGGGCACCAAGGGAACGAGCAGCAGUUAUGCACUGAUAGUAGGGACCUUAAUGCCUCACUGACAUCAAGGGACAGGUCGUCCAGACAGAGAGAGGAAAGAGAAUUACAAGCCACUGUCCCUGGCAAAAAUCGUCAACAAAAUAUUAGGAAACCGAAUUCAGCAACAUAUUGAAAAAGAUCAUUCACUAUGAGCAGGCGGGAUUUUUUUCCUGGGAUGGAAGUUUGGUUCCACAUUUGCAAAUCAAUUUAUGUGAUACAUUACAGAAACAAAACGGAUAAAAACCAUAGGAUCGUAUCAAUAGAAGCAGAAAAAGCAUUGGACAAAAUCCAGCAUCCAUUCAUGACAGAAACUUUCCGCAAAGUGGGGACAGAGGGAGCACACAUCGACACGACAGAGUCCAUAUACGACAAACCCACAACUAACAUCCACCAGAAAAUCCCUGGUCUCGGCAGACAGCACGGUCAGCCUGCCGUCUCCGCGGCGCAGCCUGGACGGGGCAGCCGUGCCCCUGGCCUUCGCCCUCUCCGGAUGAAGCUGCCUGACCGCGCGUGCAGACCCUCAGCUGUGCAGGUAUCUGAGGCUGCAGCGCCAAGGAGGUGGGGACAGUGGAUGUUCUUGCCUGCAAGGAAGCCAGGUCAGGAUGUCACUCUGCCUCUUCCCAGCUGUGACCUUGUGAAGGAUUUAACCCUUAUGAGCCCUGGUGGUUCAUCUAAAACAGCAAACAAAACCCCGCGAUAAGUUAACAAGUGUAGAGUGCUGUGUUCGGCGCUUCACGUGGAUUCACCAUGUAAUGCUUACAACCUCUCUGAGGUGGGCGCUCUUAUUAGUGCCCCUGGCUCAGGGGCUGCUUAAAUCACGUGCCCAGGACAUACAGCUCGUAACAUCAGGGCUGGGCCGUCCCACUUCAGCACUGUGCCCUAACGGCCCUCACACCAACUAAUGCCAACCUCGUGGGCUUACAGAGGGUGAAUGAGGUAGCAUAGCCCGCUCCAUAGAUUGUGAGCAACACUGAGCGUCCGUCCGCUAAUGCAGUCUGUAAACAGGCGGGCAGGGCCUGCCUGCCCCGGUCACCUCCACCCCCACCUCACCUGCACAGUUCCAGGCAUUUGCUGGUGUGCAGCACGUACUUGGCGAGCGAGUGUGCAGACACGUGGUUGUGCAGCGAGCCCGGAGGACAGGAGCAGCUACCUGAGUACAGGUCCUGGCCUUGUAACUUCCUAGUGAUGUGACCCUGGGAAAAAUGCUUACCUUCUUUGAGCCAGUUUCCCUGUAAGGUGGGGAUGAUGAUAUAGUAGCUCUGGCCUCGGGUUGCUGUGCUGAUGAAGCCAAUUAAUACGUGUAGAACAGCACACGCAGAUCAGAGUCAAAGAGAAAUUCAGAGAAAGAGGUGUCUGCAGAUCUUCACAAAUACUUGGCAAGCACAGACCGAGUGUUCUUUUAAUUAAAACGAGGGCUGAAUUGUCCUCAAAGGACGGUGGGGGAGAAGUCAGAGCAGCAUGUGGGGAGGCUGAGGCAGGGCCGGUCUCUGCUGCCCCCUAGAGGAUACUCCCUUCGCUUUUAAUUUGUUUCUCUGUACGGGGACAUGGUGAUGACAGCGUGGCCACACCCCUUCCCCACCUGAGCCACGGUUUUCCAGAACUUAAGGUGGAGAGAACGGACAGUUCUGCCUCCCUGGACGGGGGUCUUAGGAAGGAGCUCAGCACAAGCCCUGCCCCGAUCUGGCUCACCUGUCCCCGGGAGCUGCCCACACCUCCUGGUCAGGGCCGGUGUGAGGCCUACUGGAGGUGGGCAAAAGAAAGUAUGCGCCAGUUCUAAAGCUCCAUGACAUUAAGAAUGGAAUGGAAUUUAAAAAAAUAAAACAUUCAGAGCUAAGAAAAAAAUGAGUGCCGCAAACACGGACACAACACUAAAAAUAAGUUAACGAUAGAAGACACAUUUUUCCAAAAUGAUGGAGGAAAAAAAUGUGAAUCUGCAAUUAAAAAUGACACAUCAUGUUCUAGGAGGAUAUUUAAAAAAAAUUCCUAAAAAAUCAACACUGUGACUUUCCCCAGCAAAAUGACUGGGUGUUUGCAAUGAGGAAGGAUCCCGGGGCAAACUGAUGGAAAAAGCAGGUAAAAGGCUGGCCUCAGGCCUCGCCCAUGGAGCAGUGGUUAUAGCAUACAUCCUGUCGGCGCACAGACGACACCAUGAGCAAAAACUGGGGAGACGGGACGAAGUUCGUGGAUUCCCUCACCUUGGCUGGUGGUCCAUACACACUAAGUUGUCUUCACUAAAAAAGACAAAGAGGUUUACAGUGUAAAAACCACCAGCACUAAAAUCGUCAGCAUAAGCAUCAAACACCAGAGGGCACGAGGGUGAAGCGAGGCGGAAGGACGUGUCUAAGGUCUCGUGUGUCACAGCUGAUAGUCCAAAGAUACUGUGGCAAUGUGUGAGAGCAAGACAUUGCAGCAAAAUGCAAAAUUAAAAAUAAAUUUGUGUGUCUAUAA